UCAAUAUGGCUUCUCCUGCGCCCGACAGUUCGGAAGCUACCUACCCCGCCGAUGACCAGAUCACGGCUCCCCAGAUUACUACACAGCCAUUGUCGAGUACUGCAGAGUCCCUUGGGAAUGUAGAUUCCAAAUUUGCCAGUUCAGAUAUUAUUUGUAGCAUUCCAGAUGGAUGGAAAAAGAUAAUAAAACAGAGGCAAUCGGGCAAAACAGCCGGGAAAUUUGAUGUAUUAUUUCUAAGCCCCCGGGGGACAAAGUUCAGAUCCAAACGUUCUAUUAAAAAUUAUAUUGAUAACAAUAAAGAUGCCAACCUUAAAGUUGAUGACUUUGAUUUCUCCUCCUCGUUUCCAUCCCAUCAGAUAGUAAAACAAGACAAUAUCACUCAAGCAGGAAAAAAUGAGAACACACCAAUGUGUAGUCAAUGCCUUGGUAGCCAAAUUGCUGCGGAAGACAUACACGUUCUUGGAGAAAAACAGAUAAAUGGUAAAGAUCCCAGUAGGAAAAGGGUUAAAAGUCUUAGGACGCUGUCAGAGAAAUAUAUGAAGGAUGGCGUGAAGAUCAAAAGGCCAAGAAAAAGUUCUUCUUCUAAGCAAGAUUCGCAAACUAAGCCAAAACGAAAUACCCAGAGCCGGCCUGGGAAGAAAAAUGUUGGUGACAGAAAACCAAGAGAAAAAAAAUGCAAUGAUUCAGAACCAAAAGUUAAGGCGAGUUCUGUUGAACCACUCCAACAUUCUGAAAAUGAGAUGCCGGAGAUGCCCGUGGAGCAAUCUGAAGGAGUAUUAACCUCGGAGAAAGGAGAACAUCAAACUCCUCCAUGUCCUUUGGAGUCCAGUGACUCGAGUAAUGACUCCUGUCCUGAUGAUCAAAAUACGAUGACCUCCAUUAAAAAUGCAAAAGAUUUAAUCCCAAGAUCACAAGUGGAAAAACGUAAAACCAGUCCUUAUUUCUCCAGCAAAGCGAUCAAAGAAGCGCUGGAGCCUCCUAAAAGAAAAGCCUUUAUGAAGUGGACUCCCCCUCGGUCUCCCUUUAAUUUAGUUCAGGAAACUUUGUUUCACGAUCCAUGGAAACUUCUCCUCGCUACCAUCUUUUUAAACAAAACCUCUGGAAAAAUGGCAAUACCAGCCCUGUGGGACUUCUUGGAGAAAUACCCAACUCCUGAAGUAACCAGAUCCGCAGAUUGGAAGGCAAUGUCCGAAUUACUGCAGCCGCUGGGACUCUAUGAACUCCGGGCGAAGGCCAUCAUCAGGUUUUCAGAUGAAUAUCUGACCAAGAGUUGGAGAUAUCCCAUUGAACUCCACGGAAUCGGAAAAUACGGCAAUGAUUCUUACCGGAUCUUCUGUGUGAACGAGUGGAAAGAGGUCCACCCAGAAGAUCACAAGCUCAACAAAUACCAUGCCUGGCUGUGGGAGAAUCGAGAUAACCUUGGACUGAAAUGAAUAAUAUUGGCUUUUAUGCAUAAAAUAAUUCACCUAUUUGUAUGUUUGGCCCGUUUUAUAACCGAACUGUCUUUCUGUCCUAGUAUCCGUAUGUCAGGCUUUUAACAUAUCAAAUUUUAUAUUACUAAAUUAUUUUUUUAUAUUUAAUCAGUUCUUAAAUAACUAAAUAAACCAUUUUUUUUUUA